AUGUUCUCCUCGUCGAAUUCCUUCCUCGGCGGUGGUGGUGGUGGCCGCCCAGGCCAGGCACCAUUCAUGCAGCAACAGCAGCAACAGCCAACAUACUCGCAAUCCCCCCAGGGCCAACAGCAGCCGCCAAUGCAGCAGCCUCAGCCAACAGGAUUUGCGCCGCAGCCAACUGGCUUUGCCGGUCAGCCGUCGCCGUUCGGUAACUCGCAGCUUCAACCUCAGCCCACCGGAUUCCCCGCGGGACAGCUCCAGCCGCAGUUCACUGGCUUCCCUGGACAGCAACCACAACAAGCGCAGCAGCAAUUUCAGCAGCAGCAAAAUUUGCAACCUCAAUAUACCGGAUUUCCCCCUCAGAAUCAGCCUCAGAGCCAGUCGCAGCCGCCACUCCCUCAACUUCAGCUCCCCCAGGCUACGGGACUCCCUUCCCGAUUGAAGACUUCGUCCGACGUCGCAAACUCCUUUCAAGAUAAUGGUGUCUCCGGAACCCCCCGCAAGUGCCACCGAAGACUGGACCAGGCCAAGUUUGAGCAGCUAUUCAGGUCUGCUGUUGGGAAUGAAAAGACAUUGGACGGCGAGAAAGCGAGGGAUCUUCUCCUUCGCUCCAAGCUCGCAGGCUCCGACCUUUCUAAGAUCUGGGUUCUAUCAGAUACCACCAAGUCGGGACAGUUGUUCUUCCCAGAGUUCGCACUGGCUAUGUACCUGUGUAACAUACGUCUAACUGGUCGUGAAAUGCCUGCCUCUUUGCCCGAGACAAUCAAGAAUGAGGUUUCUAGCAUGGUUGACAUUAUCUCCUUCGAUGUCCCUGACUCGGCACCAGCGCCGGCGCCGCGAACCAAUGCGCCCAACUUCGACGCGCCUCUUCUGGAAAACAAGUCUACGCCGCCCAUUGUCCAGCAGCCCCAGCCUCAGCAAGCGAGCAAUACUCAGCUACUUAACCAGUUGACUGCGCAGCCCACCGGGUUUUUCCCUCAGCCUACUGGCAUGCAGCCUCAACAGACCGGCUUCCCAGGACAAAAUCAGGCGCAGUUCCUUCAAUCGCAACAGACAGGGUUCAUGGCUAACCCGCAAGCUACGGGAUACACCGGCCCCCGGCCCCCAAUGCCUCCAAUGCCUACUGGCUUUGCCUCAAACCUCAGCCCUGCACAGACUGGUGGCCUGGCUGUGCAACCUACGGGGCUCACGGCACAGCCUACUGGUAUUCCUGGCCAGUGGGGUUUCAUCAACACCCCGGCACAAGGCUUGCCUAAUAUCGAGGCUAUGAAGCAGCAGCUCAUGCCUCAACCUGGUCGUGAGGGUGGUUUCAACAUGGCCAAUCUCUCCGGCAAUGCCAAAGUUGCCUGGGCCAUCACCAAGGAAGAAAAGAAAAUCUACGACGACCUGUUCCGCGCCUGGGAUGGAUUCCAUAAGGGAUUUAUUGGCGGCGAAACUGCCAUUGAGAUCAUGGGUCAAAGUGGAUUGAACCGGAAAGAUUUGGAGCGAAUCUGGACUUUGGCCGACCCUCACAACCGCGGCCGUCUCAACAUGGAUGAGUUCGCUGUUGGCAUGCAUUUGAUCUAUCGAGCUUUGAACGGUUAUCCGGUGCCUAGCCGCCUCCCUCCGGAGCUUAUUCCCCCGUCUACAAGGCACUUAAAUGAUUCUAUCGGAACUGUCAAAUCACUUUUGUCACAGGACGCCGAGUCGCGGAAGACAUCUGGAGCUUUCUUGCAGCCCCAGAAGACCGGUGUUAGCUAUCUCAAAGACCACUCGUUCCGUGGUGGUAGUGGACAACCCGGAGCCGGCCGUAAGGAUGCGACAAUGUUCAAGAACAAUGAUGCCGCGGGCGGCUACCGUUCGAGUGCCCGCCGUCGUGUUGGUAACGACGCCCGUACUCCAUCACCUGGUGCCUCCCAGACCUCCGAGGGAGACGAGCUGUCAGUGGACCAGCUGCGAAAAAAGAUCCGUGAGGCUAAGGUCAUGCUGGAUGCCGUUGACUUCCAGGAUGAGAACCGGGCUGAGGAUGACGAGUCUCUUGAUCGCCAGGACCGCCGUGAGGCAGAGAGCCUCAUGGACCGUAUCCGUCGCGUACAAGAUGACAUUGACACCCACCCCAAUGCCUCGUUCCGUCAAUUGGAUAGCGGGGCGGAGCGUAGGGCCCUUCGUCGUCAGCUCCAGUCUUAUGAGGACCAGGUCCCACAGGUCGCAUCUGACGUUCGACGCGUUGAGCGUGAAAUUUCCGAUGCAAAGCUUGAGCUGUUCCGUCUUAGGGAUGCCAAAGCCCAUCCCGGCAGCGCUCAGACCAUCGUGGGUACUGGUCCUGGCGGGGCAGUGACCGAAGCCGAUCGCAUCAAAGCUCGCGCUCGUGCCCGUAUGCAGGCCCGCGCUGCCGAGCUGGCUGGCCGCCCAGCCCCUGCCACUGAAGAUGAUGAUGGACAGGCUGCUCGCCGACUGGAAGCCGAGAGUGCGAAUGCCAAGGCUGAGUGGGAGCGCAACGACACUAUGACUCGUGAUGUCGAGGAAAGCGUUCGGGACUUCACCCGCAGUCUGGAGGACAGUCUCCGCGAGGAAGGACAAAACUCUACCCGAGAUCAUGAGAAGCGACGUUGGGAGGAUGCCCUGGGCGUUGAAGACAUUACCCGUGACUUCAUCUACGACCUCAGCCGCAACAGCCGGACUGCCAAUGUCCGCAAAGAAGAGCGCGAUAGAUCUCUCCAUGAGCGGCCCCGUUAUGAAUCCCCAGCUUCCGAUUCACCUGCUGCACGGCCUUCCGUGCCAGCUUCGACCGGCUCUUCGGGCUCUGCUCCCGGUAACACGCACGAGGAUCGUGUGGCGGCUGCCAGGGAGCGUGCGCAGAAGCGCAUUGCUGAGCGUAUGGCCGCUGCCGGCCUGAAACCUGCCGACUCGGCCGAAACUUUGACCCAGCGCCAGGAGAGAGAGAAGAGAGAACGCGAAGAGCGCGUGAGGCGUGCCGAAGAAGAGGAUGCUAAGCGAGACGCCGAGAGACAGCGCCGUCUAGCUGAGGAGAAGGGUGGUCCUAGUGCCGCGGCUCCCAAGGCUGCUGGCAAGAAACCACCCCCAGCACCUCCUACUCGCAGAGCCCGAACUGAUAGUGCGGGCCAGGCUGAUGCGAAGAAGGCUGAAGAGGCCAAGGCAGAGCAGGCUGUUCGCGAGGAGGCCAUCAAGGAGGAGCAGGAGGCACAGGAGGCGGAGACCAAGCGUCUUGAAUCCGAGGCCGAUGAUUUCCAGAAAGAGAAGGACGCCCAGGCAGCUCGCCUGAUGGCCCUUGAGGAGCAGGUCCGACAAGGCAAGAUCAAGAAGCAGGAGGAGAAACGCCGCAGGGAGGAAGCUGCUCGCAUGGCUAAGGACCAGGAGGCCAAGAUGGAAGCCCAGCGUGCUGAACUUGAAGCUGCCAGGGAACGUGAGCGCCAGUUGCAGCGCGAGCUGGAGGGCCUGGAUGAAGAAAGCUCCUCUGACGAUGAAGGACCUGAGAGCAUCACUCCCCAGGAUAGCACUCCCACUCAGAGCCAGGUUCUGUCCGCACCACCUGUCCCUAUUGUUUCUAUUCCGGAGCCCCCAGUGGCCCCUGCCCCCGAGCCCGAGAAAGAGCCCAGCCCAGCCACUUCCGAGGAGAAAUUUACAGCUCCCAUUACUACACCUGACGCGGAGUCGAAGAACCCCUACUUCAAGUCCCUUGGACAGCCUACCGAGCCUACCCAAGCAACUUCGCCGGUGGCGCAGUCCACCAACCCGUUCCACCGCCUCGCUCAACAAGAGAAGCAAGAGCCUUCCAAGCCCACUUUCACUGGGGCCGGACCCUUGGAGCGCAAGACCCGCACGCGCCCUGAGGAGGAUGACGACUGGUCCAACGCCGGUUCCGAUUUUGACUCGUCUGAUGAUGAGGAUGAGCGGCCCGGCGGUGGCAGCGCCAAACAGCUUGCCAGCAUCCUGUUCGGUACAAUGGCACCCCCACGUCCUUUGAGCGCAAUGGACGAAGAUAAUUCCGCUACGCCUGUCCAGGCCAGCCCUAUCGCGCCCCCGCCUCCUCCCGCGCCUCUCGCGCCUUACGCUGUCGAGCCCGAGGCCGGAGACAGUGCCCCGAUUUCUCCCCCUCCUCCCCCCUCCCGGUGCGGUGCCUCCUCCUCCCCCUCCUCCACCUCCGCCCCCUGGAGGUGCCCCAGUUGUUGCACCCCCCCUCCACCUCCUGUUCCUGGUGCUCCUGCAGCUCCGCCUCCGCCUCCUCCGGGAGCUCCCCCGGGAGCUCCCCUCCCCCUGCCCCCCGGCGCCUGGCGGCGCGGGUGGAGGUCAUUCCGCCCUGCUUGCAUCCAUUCAAGCUGGAAAGGGUCUCAAGAAGGUGCAGACCAACGACCGCAGCACGAGUUCCUCGGCUGGGCAUGUGCUGUGAGGUAG